AUGUCUUCUUCUAAGGUCCGCUUUACUCCAUUUAUAGCUGGUGCCUGGCACGGCCAUAUUCAUGUUAUCGAUGAAUUACUCGAAGAAUACAAGGUCGAUGUUAAUCAGGCGGGGUUUAUCAACGUAGAAGGAAAGAAAGUUGAGAUAACCGCUCUAUGCGCCGCAAUCCGACAACAGAACCUUGACAUGGCCAACUGCCUCCUAGAACGAGGGGCCGAUAUCAACCGAUGCUCUCCGCUGUCAGUGGCGUGUUACCGCGGUGACGUCACAUCAAUACGGUUCUUGGCGAAACAUGGUGCGGACAUUAACGCUAGGUUAAACAAAGAGGGCGUCACACCUUUGAUGGUCGGCUGUGAGCGCUUUUCGUUGUACAUUGUGCGGCUGCUGUUGAACUCCCAUGCUGAUCCGAGGCUGGAAGACAUGGAUGGGAACACCGCUCUGCAUCGGCUGGCCUUGAAGCAGAGGAUGUACGUCUUGAAGAACGGUCCGCUUCCGCAGAUCAUAGACACGCUUGUGGCGUCGGGCGCUCAGAUGUCGGUCAACCAGGCAGGGCAGACACCACUCACCGCCGCGUGCGCAUCCGGGAAUGUUGAAGUGGCGCGCGCCAUCAUGUGCCUCCCGGAAGUACGUCCUGAAGAACAACUGACCGCGCAGGAAAAACUGAGGAAGAAACUUGAAAGUGACGUCAUAGAACGGAAUGGUUCCGACGAGUCACAGGAAGGGGAGAAGACACCGCGAAAAACGUCAUGGACUCAGAAGUUCACGAAUCCAAAUGAACUCAGGAAGCUAAAGUGGUCUGUGAACAAGAAAUCUAAGAAAACAGUCGCAGACAAAAUUGAAGACAUUGCAGAGAACAAUGGGAUGGAUACGGUUCACGAGAUAGCAACCCCUUGAUACUUAUUCAAUAAAAUUUAUUUAAUACAUAACCUAAUGCUCCUUGGAUAUUUCCAGAGUUCUACCGGCUAAAGUGCUUAUAUUCAAUUAUAUUUCAUCACUGUAUCGUUGAAGCAUAUAUCUACGUACAGUGCGGGGAAUGGCAUCUUCGUCAAAACGUUACUGGAUCAAAUUCAAAUGGUUUAACCUUAAGGUUCAACCAUAAAGGUGUUGGUUUGUUUGGGAAGUUUUGAGGUGCAUGACCCCUCCCCCUUUCUAUUUUUGGCCGCUGUCAAUACCACCGCGAGGGAAAAUGUUUUUUUUUCUAAUCAUAUCAUUUAUGUAGAAACAACUUUGCGCUCACCUUUUGUCUAUUGUCAAAGAAAAUUUGGUGAAGCCCCUUCAUGAUUUUAAGCUCUUGUGGUACAUCUCUUUUCAUUAUAUCCUGCUGUAUAAUAAAACAUUAAUAUUUUUAUUCCAAAAAGGAAUAUCAACAUAAUCGGGAUCUCUAACAUGAAUUGCAAGAAUCCUGGCUUGCGUAAAGAGCGAUAUUGGGACACGCUUGUAAGGCAUAUAUCUUGUCUUUUGUGAUGGGAGGAGCAAUAAAGGUCCUUCUUUGGGAUGUACUUUUGUUAUCAUUAUUUUAAAUCCACGGAUGAAUGCAUUUCAUUUAAUGAAGAUCACUUCCUUUAAAAGGUCACCGUUGUACCGAACAUACGUUGUUAUCUUGUUUAUCAUCUAUCACAAUCGCUUCAUGAUACAAUAUAAACGGGUGCAAAUAAAAUUUGCCAGGGACUGACACGUUAUCAACGAAGUAAUAUGGUGACAUUUCACUAAUGAUUAUUCUUUUUCUUAUUUAAAGGGUACCGGUGUUGAUUUAACACCAGAGAGGUGUUGAAACAACACCAGUUAAGAAUCGAACCGAGAUUGGUUAAACACUAAUUGGUGUUGCUUAAAUGCCAAAUUGGUGUUAGCCUAACGCCAAACCGGUGUCACUGCAAAAGCAUCGUUGUUAAUUUCACACCAACUGGAGAUCUACGUAUGAACACGUUAGAGAACAGUAGAAAUGUUAAACCAACACUAGUUAUUAAUCAAGAUGUUGCGUUAAAUAUGGCUCGUGUUGUUUAGCACCUAGUUGGUGCUAACCCAAACUAAAUCGGUGUUAACACUCUAGAUAUUAAGUGUGGUCAUCAAAACCAGAUACAGGUCUGGUGUACAAAUUAACACUAGAGGUUUGCAGCCCCACAUCUCGAUCUUAGCAUCAAGUACACUUUAUGUAAGUUAUAAUAAAUGCGAAAAACCACAGAGAAGGAAAUCUGUUUAUAGUUCAUUCUUUGGCCCUUGUUUAUUUGUCGUAGAUUACGUUAGCGCAUCAACAAUUAUUUACAUUCAUAUGGCAAACAAACAAAAUAAUCUUGAAUUUAUUAUGGUAAGAUUUUAUCACAAUACUUAGAUCUUGCAAUACAAUAUCAUCAACACCUUGUUUGAGAUUUUUUUUUUAAUGAUUAAUUUUUCACAUUCAAAUAUUUGUAAGACCUAAGAUGUUAAGCAUAACCCCUUUUCUAACAUUCAUAAUAUUCAUCCUCGAUGUACAUUAACAGAUAUGAAGAUGAUGAUUGUUAGAUUUAAUAAUAAUACUUAUUGUAAUACAUGAUAAUUAUAUAUGAUAUUUUUAAUAAAUUUUAAUAAUGAUAAUAAAAUGGUAUUCUUUAUAAAAAGGAGAAGGGAGGUAAAUAAAAUGCAGAAUAUAUUAAACAGAUAUUCAAAUUUGAAAAAAGAUCAGAAUUAAGAAAAUAAUAAAUCGAAUAAAUGUCACUUAGCAAAACAGAACGUAAACAUAACGAAAUUAAGAAAUCAAUAUAAUUAACAAAAGUCGAUAGGAAUCAUUAAAUAAUGUUAUAACGAUUGAAAAGAGCUGUGAAAUCCAUAAACUUUAAGGCCGUCACACAUCUUACGCCUGGUCUACGAUCCGAUUUCAGACCAAAUCGCAAUUUGCUCAUUUUCAAAAAAAGUGAAUGAAAAGUAUCUUUUUAUUUGAGGUUAAAAUUAACUUAAAGAAUUGUAAUGUAACAUUUGAUGAUGAUUGUAAGGUUUUAUUUUGGAGUAAAGGCCAAAUUAGUUUCAAAUCGUAGCCAAUCGUACGAUUGCUAUGACGUCAAUACGACUAGAUAAGGAUGACAGUAUAGUCACAGAUUGAACAUAGGUAUUCGUAUGAUGAUUUAGAACAUUACACAGUAACAUAUACCAUGUCUCAAUAAUAGUAUCAAUUUCUACUACGCUUUAUUCCAAAAUUGGGUCGCAGACCAAUCGUAAGGUGUGUGAUAGCCUUUAGAUUGGCUUUCCAAGCUAAUGUCGCAAGGACAAUAAUCGUUAUCACAUUAUUACAUAACUUCACAAGAGAAAACUGUGGUGUGAAGGUACACCCCUACAUACAACACAAAACAAGCCACUUUACUCUGGUGUUUGGUGUUCAACAUCUAUGGAUGUUAUUGCAACGCCGUUGGUCGUUACUUUUACACUCUUACACUGCAAAAUCACCGAUGUUGAUAUAACACCAGCUCAGUAUCUAUAUCGGUCCACACCAGAGAGGUGUUGAAACAAGCCCGGUUAAGAAUAAAACGAUAUUGGUUUAACAUUGAUUGGUGUUGCUUAAAUGCCAAAUUGAUGGUAGCCUAAUGCCAAACCGGUGUUGUUUCAACACUUCUCUGGUGUGGAUCGAUAUAGAUACCAGGCUGGUGUUACAUUAACACCGGCGUUUUUGCAGAAUCUGGUGUUCAAUCUCUCGUAACUUUAACACAUCAGGGUGUGGUUCUCUAGAAGGGCCACCAAAUGGUGUCAGUUUUAAUGCUCAACUACAAGUGUCACAUGAAAUUGAAAUAUUUUUCAAACAUAUAGAAUGUGUUCCACGAAAAACUUACACUCUAAAAAUAAAGUGCUAAUUUAGCACUUCAUGUCCUUGUAUGGUGACUGCACUUUGAGUGCUGAUUUAGUCAUUCAAAUUUGAACUAGAAAAUCAGCACUCAAAGUGCAGUCACUAUACAGGACAUUAAGUGCUGAAUGAGCACUUCAAUUUUUUUUAGUAUAGUUCAAUAAACUGUAAUUAUACAAUUUCAAGCUACUUUUCCUCUCAUGAAAUAGUUUAACAUCAAGACUUCAGUCUAGACGAAAUUAUCAUGCUACAGUACACGAAAAAUGCUGUUUGUAUUGUGGAAAGGUGUGAUAUGUUUGAUUGCAUAGCGAAGCAUAAUUAUACGGAUAUAUAGUCGUGCAGAACAAUAUUUAAAUGUCUACAUACUUUGGACGCAAGAGACUGAUGAAACAUAUUUAGCACAAGCUGGAAUACUACGUCAUCAUCAAGAUAUCUAUUAUGAUUAUUAUAUAUCACUCGGUAUAAAAUCUAUUCUUAAAUUACUGGUCCCCGUCUUAUGAAAGAGUUAUGAUUAUCUGAUCGAUCUCAUCUAUGGAAAGCCUGCGACGCCAACAUCUAGAAUGCUUACCCAUUUGACAAAAAGGUGUUUUCUAAAUAUGCUGUUUUGUCAUGAAUGUAUCGUCUUGAGAAAUCAGUGUGCUCUUCAUUAUUUCCUACGAGAUUACGCAUUCAUUUUUAGUAUGACGAAUUAUGACAUUAAUGGCUUUCCAUAGUUUAGACUGAUUGGAACAAUCAAAACUCGAUGUGAAACAAGGUCCUGGUUUGCCCGUUGGCAAUACACAUGUUAUACAUCAUGAGCUGACUCAUACAGGCGGGACCGGUUAGUACAAUACAUGAAAUAUCAUUAAAUAAAGGCCAUUUUGAUGCUAAUGAUCAAUAUUGAAUACACUCUGCCAAUUAUACUGAUGGUUAAUGCUAUUCUUCACAAAAUGAGUUAUUUUAGAACUCUUAAAACGUUUAUUUGUGUAACUAUGACAACUAUUUCGACAAUUUUAACAGAUACAAAUUUUAUGAAUACAUAUUUUUGCACUAAAUACUGAUUGAUAAAUUAUAUUUUAUUGAAUUUUUUAAUAAAAUUGCUUUUUUUAUCAAUUCAGUUUGGGAGUGAUUUUUGUUCUUCGAUCUUAAGUAAUAAAUAAUGAGUGAUGUCUAGCGUUUUAGAGAUUUAAAAAGGCAAAAACGUUGAGUCACAAGACUAAGAUUUAUUUAGACUAGCUGCCUAAAAUGUUACAUCUACAUGUAGUCGCAAUACAUAAUCUAAUGUAAAAAAAUGUUAAAAUGUCACUGUCAAGAUUACUUCAGCCAUGUUCACACAACUUUCUAAAUGUAGGCCUACAUGUAACUGACAAAGCGCGUUAGACUUGUAAUAGUCCAUAUCUAUGUCAUAGACUAAAGUUAACUAUUAUCCCCGACUCAUGUGCUUCGAUACUUACGAGUCUACCAGUGCAAAUAGAUGAUAUUCAUGUGGUCUACAGGCCGUUGGUCUACUUUUCAGGUAUGUCAAUACCACCUGGGAUAAACCCAUUUGUUCCACUAUUAAUUUGGUCUUAUAGCCGUUCAGUCUACGCUAGACUUGGUCUAAUACUCAGGUAUUCUAAUUCUCAUUUAGUCUAAUGUCGAGUUAGUCUAAUUUCCACUUUGUCUAAUUAUUCUUUUUCUUCUUUGUCACAUGAAACUUUGAUUCAUAAACAGUUCAUCUAAAAGUGGUCUAUUAGAUGACAUUGGUAUAGCCUGGAAAUUCGACACUAAGCCAAAUAGAUAUUACUUAACUGGGUUUAACCACAAUAUAAAUUAGAUAACAAUUACAUGGUAAAUUGUCAAAUUAGAGCAAAUACUAAGUAGACGUUAUGGUUCUAGACGAACUAGCAUUAGACCAUGCCGGAUGAGACCAAAUGAAAAGUAGCCGCCGAAGUGGAUGUAGACCAGGGGCCCAUCUUACAAAGAGUUGCGAUUGAUUCGAUCAAUCGCACAAUCAACUAUGGAAAGCCAACAGAGUCAACAUUUGAAAAUGCAUGUUUGUUCAAAAUUGCUUCUAGAUAUGAAUGUAUAUGCAUAAAUUCAUUGAUUUCUUGACAAUAUGAUGUGUUCUCCUUUGUUUACAAAGGACAUUUUGCAAAUUUCCUGUAGAAAAAAUUAUGACACUGAUGGAUUUCCAUAGAGUUAUGAUUGAUUGGAUCAAUCGUAACUCUUUGUAAGACGGGGGCCCAUGUGGCAAUAUACUAUAUAAAUGCUCUAUGCACAUCACCGUAAAUGAGUUUAAAUAUAGCUCGACAUAGUAUACAUUUACAGUACAGGCCUUAGGCUCAGCGCAGGUGAACAACACUAAACCACCAUGGAAACAUGAAAAAUAAAGAAAUUUACAAUGAAAAUGUACAGAAUAAUUAAAUAUCUU